GCUGGCUGGGAGAUCUUGGGCGUUCCAGAAGAAACCCUACCUGUCUUGAUCAGUUGAUCCCCAAAUCGGACUCCAUCUCGCUGCCGCCGCCGUCACAGGCCUCUCUCCCGCCUACGUCGUCCCAGCCGGCUCCGCCACCUAGCCGCCGCAUCCGAUCUCCUGGCCGCCGGCCCCAACGCAUCGCUGCCGCUUACCCUCCUGCUGUCCUGCAUCGGAGUUCCGGCCGCCGCCUCCCCUCGUUCUAACCGCCAAACGCCGCCAGUCGCAUCCUCCUCACUGCUCGCCGGGGUGCCCGCGUCCGCCUCACCGCCGCCGCGUCCUCGGUACACGCUACUCACCACCUCAAUCCCCUGUUUCCUCUUUGAACCUCACGAGCUCACAUUCAGAAUAUGCGGAAGACUUGUAGUUUACAAGGCUGGAAAUCAGAUCUUUUCCUUCUGUGAAUACAGGAAUAUGGUAGAGAGUCCUUUGCAAGCUGAUAAAGAAUUUGAUAGUGAUUGCAGCAAGUAGGUCUGGUUCAUUGUCUUCAAGCAUGAAAGAGGCUCGUACAUCGUUCUGUCCUACUAUCAAAUGUGAAGAAGCACUUAGAAGGGAAUUGGAGUACCGGAAAAGGCUGGAAGUUACUCAUCCAAAUUUGCUGAUUGCGCUCAAUGGAGGCCUUGCACCAUCCAAUGAGAUGUGUGCACAUCCAACCUCCGGUGUAUUGAAAAGAAAGCCAGCUCCUGAGAUCAAUAUGCCUUCACCACAGUCAAGUUUCAGUUUCGCCACUGCACGAAUCCAGCCAGCAAACUGGCAGUCCUCGAAGAAAAAAGUAGCAGUUCCACAGUCCCCAUCACAGGCUCUUCAAAUACCCAGAGCAAAUUCAGUACCUUCCUUUUGGUGCAAAAUAUGCAAGGUAGAUUGUGUUACUGAAUUCAAUUUCAACUCCCAUAUUGGAGGGAAAAAACACAAAGCCAAGAAGAUAGAGAUUCUUGGUAAUAGGACCACUGGAAGACCUGGCAUUCAGUUUGCGGGCAACAUGAAUCCUGGACCAAAUGACCGUGCAGUUUCUGGAAGCAGAAAUUAUCAACCAAAUGUGGGUAGGAGCAGUAUUGCUGGACCAAGCAGCAACAUGUCCUCCGGCGUCUAGAAGCAGAACCAAUGGUUCAAAUGAGAAUCGAUGCAAUGCUCCAUUGAUGAACAGUUUCAACUCGCACUGCAAUCUGAUGAGAAAAUAAAAGCUCCCUGUUAAUUUCUUCAGAAGGGCAGACCGGCAAAAGUUCUUGGACCACCAAGGAAUCUUCAUCUGAUGGUGUUGGACCAAGCAACAGUGGACCAGAUGAAAAUGUAUGCAGUGUCCUAUCUGAAAGCAGUACGCAAUUUGCACAGAUAUCUCCUGUCUUAGUUUUCUUUAGUUCUGUGGUAUGGUAUGCCAUGGCAUGAUCCAAUGGAACAAAAAUUACUAAGGAAACCUUUAAUUGUUGCUGUAAGACUUUUCUGUUACCCAUAAAGAAGGUGAUUCUGACUAA